CAAUGUGUGUCGUCAUCGGUGUACCAUCAUGACGACUACGCUAUUAAGAAUGACAGCUCGAGAGGAAGAGAGGGCAAAUGGUGAUCCCUCCCAGAGCUGCUGCCGAACUCUGGAGCGCUCGCUUCUCUCAGGGUCAAGGAAAGGAUCGCAUCCCUCAUUUAUUCACAAGCCUCUCUCCGAGAUUUGGUUCCAGUAACGCUUCGGAAAUCUACCGCUUCGUUUGAAAAAUCCUUUUCAUUCUUCGUCCCCGAACUUGAGGCUGAGCUCGCACGCACGGUCGUGGGUAAUUUUUUUGGGGGGAGGAGGGAAGGUAAUGGAAAAUAGAAAGGAAAUGGUGAUGCUCGCGGAGGAAGGUCAGCAUGGCACGGCUGUUGGCAAGAAUCGGUCUAAUCUGUCGGAAGCGAUCGGAAGCCCCGCACGGGAACCGCAGGGGAAACCGGUCCCCAGGAACUGUACGAGCCCUGGCGCUGCGUCCUACACGCGGGACAGAGCCGAGAUGGAGAUGGAGGAGAGCGUACGACGGAAUAUGUGCGCAGACAUGAGACCGGUCAACGUGUCUUCAUCCAGCGAGAGACACCGCAACGAUCGCCCCCACAGAGAAGCCAGCAGCUCAGAUACAGAGUCUGAUUUCUACGAGGAAAUCGACGUCAGCUGCACACCAGAAAGCAUGGACUACCCCACAUCGAAAGGUCGAAAUAUUAAUUCACCCAUCCUCCCGGGUGAAGGCAAUGCGGAUUCGGGGAAGAACGGGCCGAGCCAGGCGUCACUGGCCUACGCAGCCGACCAGAUGAGGCGGUACCGGACCGCAUUCACCCGGGAGCAGAUCGGACGGCUGGAGAAGGAGUUUUAUCGGGAGAAUUACGUCUCCAGACCCCGGAGAUGCGAACUGGCAGCUGCCCUGAAUUUACCUGAAACCACAAUCAAGGUGUGGUUCCAGAACCGCAGGAUGAAGGACAAGCGCCAGAGGCUCGCCAUGACGUGGCCUCACCCCGCUGACCCCGCCUUCUACACCUACAUGAUGAGCCACGCCGCCGCCACAGGGAAUCUCCCCUACCCCUUCCCGUCCCACCUGCCCCUCCACUACUACUCCCACCUGGGGGUCGGGGCCGGCUCGGCCCCCUCCCCCGCCACGCCUUUCGCAAGCCCCCUGAGGUCCCUCGACAGUUUCCGGAUGUUGUCGCAUCCGUACCAGAGGCCCGAGCUGCUCUGCGCGUUCAGGCACCCCUCUUUGUAUCCCGGUCCGACCCACCACGGCCUCGGGCCCGGCGGAAGCCCCUGCUCCUGCCUCGCGUGCCAUUCUAGUCAGCCGGGAGGUCUCCCAUCCAGGCCACCCGGGUCGGACUUCGUUUGCUCCCCAACGAGCAGGACUGACGCUUUCCUCCCGUUCAGCCCCUCGGUUCUUAGUAAGUCCUCCUCAGUGACAUUAGACCAGAGAGAAGAGGUGCCCAUGACCAGAUAAAAUGAGAAAUGCGCCCAUGCGUCCUCAAACACACCAACACUAUUUGUCCUCUCUUCGUUAGUGCAAUAUUGCAUACAACGCAUGGGAUAUAAUAUGCGAAUAG